UCGAUCCCGUUACUGUAUCUCUUCUCCUCUAGCAUUUUAAGUUUCUACAAAAUCAGCAACAUGUCAGUUCGACUCAUCAUAGCUCAGAGACAACCGAAUAAAUUAGAAAUCAAAGAUGCCGGCUUAAGCACAUAGGAAAGGAGGAGAGCAUUUGUCUGAUGAUUGAUCUGUAUCUGUUGCAUUUGUCUAUGAAUUGAUCAUAAUUUAGCUUAUCAAAAUUUUUGUUUGUUUUGGGCCAACAAAUUACUCAAUAUAACUCUGCGGUCUUUGAUAAACUGACCCUAAAUAGACUCUUGAUUAUCCACGUAGAUCGCGGAAUUCUUUUUUAAGUUAUUAUUACUAUAGGUUAAAAUUCUAAACUAUAAUUUAUUUUUCAUGAUGCGUGGGCUUUUUGCUUGUUUGAAGGGUAGUGGGUGGAUGAUACAAGCAGAAAGUUCCUGGAGAAAUUCCUCGAAGGAUUUAUGUCCUCAAUUCAGCAGCUAGAUCUGAAAUCUACCCUCCACUGAAAAGAAGGAAAUCGGGCCUCUCUCUCUCUCUCUCUCUCUCUCUUAUAUGAGGCAGAAGCACUCUGCUGUAGCUACAACUGAUAGCUUCCAUUCCCAGUCCCUUUCCCUCCUCUUCCCUCUCUCCCAAAGUCAUUCAAUAACUAGAUUCCUCCGCCUCCUUCCUCCCAGCCCUCGGACGGCUCUGCUCCUCCUUAGACCUGUCACUUUAUUUAUCAAUCACAGCAUUUAAUUCCUCCGGACUAUUUCAGUCACUGUUUAACCAAGUAAAUAUUGCCGGCCGCAUCUUUUCGAAUCCAUUUUCCCUUCUCUCUUUUGUAGCAGGUCCUAGUUGCGGAGAAAUUGGGCGACGAUAGGUGAAGAUGGAGCUUCCAAAGCAAGCGGAAGAGGCCAUUGUGGUGGACCGCGAAGCCACCAGCUUCAAAACCGGCGACGAGGAGAACAGUCUCACGGUAUCGCCGGCGCAGUUCGACAUGAAAAGCUUCUUGUGGCACGGUGGCUCCGUCUAUGACGCCUGGUUCAGCUGCGCCUCCAAUCAAGUUGCUCAGGUUUUGCUGACGCUGCCGUACUCCUUCUCCCAGAUGGGGAUGGCUUCCGGAAUCACGCUCCAGAUCUUCUACGGCCUUAUGGGAAGCUGGACCGCUUACCUCAUCAGCGUCCUCUACGUCGAGUACCGCACCAGGAAGGAGAAGGAGAACGUCAGCUUUAAGAAUCAUGUCAUCCAGUGGUUCGAGGUACUCGACGGACUGCUGGGACCAUAUUGGAAGGCCAUUGGUCUGGCCUUCAACUGCACAUUCCUGCUCUUCGGCUCUGUCAUCCAGCUCAUCGGCUGCGCCAGCAACAUAUAUUACAUCAACGAUCGGCUCGACAAGAGGACAUGGACCUAUAUCUUCGGCGCCUGUUGCGCGACAACUGUGUUCAUCCCAUCCUUCCAUAACUACAGGAUUUGGUCCUUCCUUGGCCUCGGCAUGACCACCUACACCGCCUGGUACCUCACCGUCGCCGCCUUCGUCCACGGCCAGAAGCCCGGGUUGGUCCACAGCGGGCCGACGAAGCUAGUGCUCUACUUCACUGGCGCCACUAACAUCCUCUACACUUUCGGCGGCCAUGCCGUAACUGUGGAGAUAAUGCACGCGAUGUGGAAGCCUCAGAAAUUCAAGUUCGUCUACCUUCUGGCAACUCUCUACGUAUUCACCCUGACUCUGCCCUCCGCCGCUGCCAUGUACUGGGCGUUCGGCGACGGACUCCUCGACCACGCCAACGCCUUCUCCCUACUUCCUAAGACGAGGUGGCGCGACACGGCGGUGGUAUUGAUGCUCAUUCACCAGUUCAUCACCUUCGGCUUCGCCUGCACGCCGCUCUACUUUGUUUGGGAGAAGGUGAUCGGCAUGCACGACACCAAAAGCAUUGCGCUGCGCGCCCUCGCCCGCCUCCCCGUCGUCGUACCCAUCUGGUUCCUUGCUAUAAUCUUCCCCUUCUUCGGCCCCAUCAACUCCGCCGUCGGCGCGCUUCUCGUUAGCUUCACCGUCUACGUCAUCCCCUGCCUCGCCCACAUGAUCACCUUCCGCAGUGGCUCCGCCCGCAAGAACGCAGCAGAUAAGCCACCCUUUUUCCUGCCUAGCUGGACGGGCAUGUAUGCAGUUAACCUCUUCAUUGUGGUUUGGGUUCUUGUGGUUGGGUUUGGGUUCGGGGGCUGGGCCAGCAUCACCAAUUUCAUCAAACAGAUCGACAACUUCGGACUCUUCGCCAAAUGCUACCAGUGCGCCAGGCCGCCGGUCUCAACUCCGCCGCCUCGCCACCAUUGAAUCUCGAUCUCGCCUUCUUAAGAAUUUCAUCAAACACUUUCCAAACAGAAGUUGCAGCACUCCCAGGCGCCUGGCUGCUUACUCGUUUUGUGUGCUUUUUUAAUUAGACUUUUCUCUAAUGGGUGCUUAUGUAGUAUGAAAGUGGAGCUUUGUUUGCUCUUGCUAAUCUGUAAUUCUUCUGCUAUUGAUUACAAGUUUAAAAGAAAUCUGCGACUGCCAGCUUGGUUUUUGAUUUCUUUAA